AUGAUAGCAACAAAAGAGGCGUCGAAUUCCUCCUCUGUGGAAAUGGAUCAUGUAGUCUCAGUUCCGGUGGAUUUGCGGGAGAUGAGUGCCAUCCGUCAGAUGCCCAACCAAUCAAUGCACCGAACGGCUGGUGUGAUGAGUCUCAACGCUUCUGGAUUGGAUGGAAGUGAAAAUCGAGUUUUUGAGGGUGCUGAUGAACCAAAGGAAUAUUCAGAUGAAGUAAAUACCAGUGAAUUGGCUCAGGACGUGGAACUUCUCUACGAGUUGAUAGACGAGAAAAACGCAGAGACGAAAGAGUUGAAACGUGACUUGAAGGCGCUUCGAGAAAGCUGCAACGAGUUGCAAGGCAAUCUCGAAGAAGCCCAAAUGAUCAUUUCAGAACAACAGGAACAGCUAGACAUCUACAGGCAAGAGGUCGCUGUCAGCAAAUCAAACAUCGAAGCGUUGAAGCUUCGAAACUUCAUUCUUGCCUCAAAUAGUAAAGGUGCAACAGACGAGAUUCGGAAGAUGGUAGAAGAGUACCAUGAAAUGCAGGAGGAGUUGGAGCGGCUCCGACGGGAGCGCAAAACAACAGAGGCGGAGAUGACGAGGCUGAGGAAGCAAGGCAGCUUCCUUCGUAAACGCGUCGACGAUGCGCGCACAAGUCAGGGAAAUGGAACUAGUAGCGUUGGUGAUGAAAGGAGUGGAACUGGAUCCACUUGCAGUCAUUCACCGGACACCUCGAGCGAUGCCGCCGAGUUAAUCCGCAAGCUACGCACUGAGAGGCAGAACUGGGAGGAGUACGCCAACCGCCUUGUGCGUGCCAUGGUAGAAAAUGGUCGCUCACCAAAUGACCUUCUCGAGGCUCAAGAGGACACUGCGACCAUGGCAACAGCAAAAGAUGCGGAGCGCUGGCGGACCUAUGCCAUUCGUCUGCUCUCCGAUGUUGUCAGUACUGAUCCCUCGCGCCUUACUGAAUUCGAUCUGCGUCUCCUCCGUCAACACACUUUUAAGGAUGAGGAAUACGAGGCUUCACAAAGCAAAGUCACCAGUUCGGGCUUGGACACUAGCUCCUGUGAGGUUGUUGCUGCACAGACGACGUCGUCAGUUUCUGCUGCUGCCUCAACAGAGCGGCCAACGCGGGUCAACUUUGCACAGACGAGAAGACGAAAGAUUGAUCGACUGAAGGAAUUCUUCCAGAGGCGAGGAAGGCAUUGA